CAGAGCUGUCAGUUUCUUUUCAAAACAAAAUCCUUCAUGGAGUAAACACGAGUUCUUCGUUUCGUUAAUUGCGUUAGAUUUUUUCGAGCUAAAAAACAAUUUGUCGGCUGUAAUUGUUGAUCGCAACAGCUGUUAGUACCAAUAUCAUCAGAAAUAUGGGUAAGAAAAAGUUCAUCGAUAAAAAGAAAGCGGUUACGUUCCGGUUGGUCAAUCGUAGCCAGCAGGAUCCGUUGUUUGUAGAUGAAAAUGCUCCCCAACAUGUGCUGGUUCCAGUGUCCGCACCUGGCCGUGAAAACGAAACCCGAUCUUCUGUUGUAGCUUCUAGAGCGUCUUCUUCGGGAGAAAACGCCGACACAGAAAAGCGCCGCAAGGAGCAGGCAAAGUUUGGAAUAUAUUUCGAUGAUGAUUAUGACUAUUUGCAACAUUUACGCGAGCCAGGACGAAAUGAGGUAUACUGGGAACCGGUUGAAUCUGCCAGAACAGCUGGUGCGGAAAAAGUUAGCAUUCAAUUGCCCAGCUCAGUGUUUGCCUCCGAGGUCGAGGAAGAAGAUGGUCUCAUGAAAAAGAAAGCUCAACAAAGGCCGGGACCACGUCCUGAUUGGGACCCAGAUGUAGUGGCAGCUCUGGACGAAGACUUCAACCAUGAUGAUCCAGAGAAUUUAUUAGAGGAUAAUUUUAUGGAACUGGCAAUGGGUGGAGAUGAAGUCGGUGAUAAGGAAGAUGAAGAUGAGUAUAGUGAUGUUGAUUCUGACGAUGCUGCGAUGUCCGAUGAUGAAGAACGGGAUGGUCUAGGGCCUCUGCAAUUCGAUAGAGAGGAAACAAAAUCUCGAUUCACGGAAUAUUCCAUGAGUAGCAGCGUAAUUAGAAGGAAUGAGCAGCUAUCUCUGUUGGAUGAUCGAUUUGAAAAAUUUUAUGAACAAUAUGAUGAUCCAGAGUUGGGUGCUUUGGAUUGUGAAGAUAUUGAAGGUCACGUUGAUAUCAAUGAUGACGUAUUGCUUCAAUUUGCUGAGCAUUACCGCAAAGAGCGAGAUGAGAAGUACAAUCUCGCCUAUGAUAAACAGUGGGACAAAGAAAGAAUUUUAAAACUGCAAGAAGUUUCAUCGGACGAAGAGGAAAUGGUUGAACUGGAAGUCGAAGAUGAGACUCAGAAAAAAUGGGAUUGCGAAAGUAUACUUUCAACAUAUAGUAAUAUCUACAAUCAUCCAAAACUGAUUGAAGAGCCGAAAAAACGAAGUUCCGCCAAAAUUUCCAUCAACCCCAAAACUGGUCUGCCAAUGAACGUGCUAGGAGCGGAAAGCGGCAAGUUAACAGUUAAGUCUCUGGCCCAACUUGAAAAGGAAGAAAGCUCUCCAGCUGGUGGUCCGAAAUCACUUUGUGAUGGUAGUGUUAUUUCCACCUUGAGUGUACUUUCAAUCCGACCGAAGGACGAAACUCCGGAGGAAAAACGCGAACGGAAAAAGUUACUUAAAGAGUAUCGCGGCGAGCGGCGGAUAGAGCGAAAGGCAAAUACGCUGGCCUUCAAGCAGGAAAAGAAGCAGCAAGAGCGGAGCCAGAUAAACACUCGUGCGAAUGCGGGAAUCAGAAUAGUUUAAAGUUGAGCGUUUUUCUUGUAUGCUAGUUGCAUAUAUAUUAUUUUAUCCAUUAAAAACACAAUAUUUGCGUAGAGAAGAA